GUGCGAACCACGUCCGACGGCUCAGGACAGAAGAAGCAGAGACGUGAGUACCCUCUUCCCUUACCGUCAUGGUUCUCGUGAUUGGCAGCGGAUCGAAUUUAAUGCGCCGUCGAGCAAUAUAAGACUUCAAUGACUUAGACAUGCAUCGUCUGUAUUAUGUCUUUUGAAUUUCUCGUUCAGCCUAAGGAUAUUAGUAUCGCGGCUGUCGUCUUCAUUUUUACACUCUGCGCCUUCCUCCAUGCUCAGUUAAAAAAGCGUUCUGGAUUUCCACUACCUCCUGGUCCUCCCAGCGAUUCCAUCUUUGGUGCUUCGUUCAAAUCUGAAUUUUUUUAUCGUCAUUUUGAACGAUGGACUCAAGAAUACGGUCCUGUGUUCUCCUUCAGACAAGGCCUGCAGACUGUUGUUGUCAUUGGACGAUACCAAGCUGCCGUUGAUAUAAUGGAGAAGGAAGGAGCUUCUCUCGUCGAUCGCCCUCGGUCCAUCUCCGCGGGGGAGACAUUGUCCGGGGGUAUGCGUACGCUUCUUACUCCGGCGGGGGAGCGAUUCAAAAAGAUGCGAAGGGCUCUCCACUCUCAUCUUCAACCGAAGAGUAUUUCAUCGUAUUGGCCUAUCCUUAUGGAAAAUGCUAGGCAAAAUCUUCUAGAUAUUGCCGAGAAUCCUGAUAGGCAUCAAGAUCAUGCAAAGCGGUAUGCCGUCGCUGUCGUGAUGGGCCUGGCAUACGGGAAAGUACCUCCCUCAUUUGAGGAUCCCGAAGUUCAAGCCGUCAACCGCUGUUUGACGACCCUAGGAUUAACAAUGCGCACGGGCGCUUGGAAGGUCGACAUCCUUCCUUUGCUCAAAUACGUACCAGGUUAUCUGAAGCCUCUGAAAGACGCACACGCGGAAGAACUCGGCCUCUUCAAGGGCUUGUUGCAAGAAGUCAGAGAUCAACUCAGACGGAAUGACGAAGUCAAGCCGUCAUUCGGGAAAUACCUAAUUGAGCGACAGACCGAGCUUGAGCUCGACGACAACGAAACUGCUUAUCUUACUGGCAGUAUGUUCGGUGCGGGAAGCGAUACGACAGCAUCGGCUAUAAGCGUAGCUGUCAUGGCUGCUGCCUGCCAUCCUGACGCGCAAAGGAAGGUUCAAGAAGAGCUAGAUUCCGUCAUUGGAAAAGACAGGCCACCCACGUUUGCUGACCGGGAUUCUCUUCCUCAGACGAUGGCUUUCGUCUUGGAGACCUUUAGGUGGAGACCAGUCACGUCUGGUGGUUUCCCGCAUAAAGCCACCAAGGAUAUCAUUUGGAACAACUACUGUAUUCCCAAAGGCGCUACUGUCAUCGGAAAUGUAUGGUCUGUCAACCGAGAUCCCGCCUAUUUCCCGGAUCCCGAAGCAUUUGAUCCCCAACGUUGGAUCAGUAAGGACGGGACGCUAAGAGACGACAUUCGAACGUUCCCUUUUGGGUUUGGACGACGCGUAUGUCCGGGUCAACAUCUGGCCACUGCGUCGACGUACCUCAACACUUCGUUAACGCUUUGGGCUUUCAACAUUAGAGAAGAUGAGAAAGACAAAAUAGACACGUUAGAUUUUACGGAGAGUGCUAAUGCCCAUCCGAUGCCGUUCAAGGUGGUGUUCGAGCCGCGCCUGCCAGGGGGAUGGGAGGGAGUGAAGGAAGCUUUUGAGGUAUAUGGCAUGUAAAUGUCCAUUCCAGGAGCAUUAACAUAGUGUUCUUCCUAACGUAGAAAUAAACGGUGAAUGGU